AUGCGAUUGAAGGAUGCAUUGCACAAUCGCAGGUUACUGCCGGUCCCUCCGAAACGUGUCCGUGACCCAGAAGAUAGGUCGCAGCUGAGAAACAACGCCGGAAAAACCAAGUAUCUAGACUUAAACAAGCCCUUGCCCCUGUCUCCGGAAGAACAGGCUGAAGCACAAGAAGCCCUCCAUCAAGAUAUUGUCAACUUACUUACGGUCAGGACAUCACACACGAGUCUCAUCGAACUUCCUAGAGAAACGCCGAGUACAGACGAUCUUUCGGAGGGGAGAACAAGCCCCGAACCAGUUUCCUACCAAGAGGAUGGGGAGCACUCCAGAGGAAUGAACGAUGAGAAUCAUGAUACCUCGCGACUUACAGUCCUUUGUGACUUAGUUGACAACGAAUCUACGUCGACUCAGAGUGAAGGUGGAUCGCGGGUCACUGUAACCGAGCUACAAGAGGCGCUCAUGAAGGCAAACCCUACCCUAUGGGAACUACACCUGAGAGCGCUAAACCCGGAGGUGCCUGGUACAGAGGAAUACUAUACGACCCUGACCAUAGCUCCCAAUACCCCUGUCAGCUGGACACCUGAAUCAUGGCUCGAUCAGUAUAAAUGGGAACUGAAUAUUUGCAGUCAUAUAACCGGACUUAUAUUGGAAAGAUACAAACCACAAGGCGCCAAGGACCAUGAGGUUUUCGAUCCGAUUUCAACCCAGGGCAAACACUGGCCAAGGGUUCAUCAGGCGUUUUGGCGAGUGUGGACAUUCUGUUUGACCUUUGGCUGUAACAAAGGCCGGGAAUGGGAUAUCCAGAAGCAACAACAGUGGCUAGCCGGCAGUGCCUGUGAUACUGAAAUGAUUGGAGCGACAAUUGAUCCGUCCGAUACCCCCACUGAGCAUUGGACGCUUCUUCCUGAAGGAUUCGGCUACGGGAACCAUAUGGGGUUAUCGGUCUGUGAGGUGGAGGAUAUGCAGAUUCUUUGGAAAUUUCUCGAGGAUAUACUACGGGAACAUGUAGGGGCCCCGCCACCGGAUUGGAAAUGGGAACCAGAGUAUCAAUGUAUGGCCCCGCAUCCACGCAUUUCAUGUCCACUCCUAACAUAUUAUGAUUAUAGAUGA